AUCUGACUACUAAUUACUAAUGCUGUUUGUUGCCCAUUGAAAUAGGGGUACAGAGAAAAGAUGACCCAAAAAGUAUUGCGCUGCAAUGCCAUUGUACUAUUAAUACUUUUGUAUAUUGGUCAAGAAAUGAGGAGCAGUGAUGCCAGUGUGCGAUUUCAUCAAGAGUCGCAUGAAAACAAAUUUCACCUUGGCGAGCAAAUUGAGCAAUUAGAUACACCAAAGGACCAACAGCUCACCGUACGAUUGCCGUCGAAUACACUCCUUAAGUUCGGCGCCUAUAAGGACGUUUCGAUACUUCACUUUCGAGUUCCAUUGGAUACACGAACUGCGUACUUUAGUUUUAAAGCUUUUGAAGAAUCUAAGAGUUCCUUUCAGAGAAAAUGCAAAGCUAAGGAUGUUACACUACAUUUAAAGGCAAAGAGCUUCCCAGUUAUUAGUCCCGAAAAUAUCACCUUUCCCAAAUAUUUUUUGCCCACGGAGGAAAGAUAUAAGGUAUAUAGUCUACAGUUUCAGUCUGAUCAAAAACGACACAUUAUUGAUAUACCGGGUCCUCAAUUAGGAAGUUGGUUUGCUGUUGCUUUCGUCAGCUGGACAGAUCCAAAUAAUGAUCGCAUCGAACAACAAGGACUAUCAGCAUCAUGCGAGACGUUGCUCUUGGCAGAAUUGUCCGUAUCGAAUUUCAACCCGACGAUUAUAAGCAAUGGACAAGUGGCUACAGGCAAUAUAACGAGAACGCCUGUCAACAAUAAGCAGCUCAUUAAAAGCCUCAAUAAGAGCUCGAGCAAGAGAAUUGUUAACGGUCAUAAUUCUGAAAGCUCCAAACUGCUACAAGAAACAAUUUUGACAACGGAACAUGCCGAGAAACUUAAAAAGAAAAUAAAAGAACGAGAUGUCAAAAGUGAUAAUAUUACUUAUACCCCAAGAAAAUCCGUUUUAGUUGCUGAGGCAGGCACAGACGAAGAUACAGACGGUAUAAAAAAAAACACUAUCAAAAAGAGUGACAAUUUGGAAAUCAACAAUAGAAUAAUUUACAAGUUUUAUGUAUCCUCUGACACGGCUGUGGCUACCGCACGAAUAACGUUUGGCGAAGUCUGCGUGGACUGUCCAGAUAUAGGUUUCUAUAUUCAGGCAAACGCAUUUCCCCUAAUCCGUAGUGGCCCACCAAGCCUGGCCGGCAAUGAGUACAACUACUUACAUAGUACAAUUAUCAGACCGAAUCAAACUGAAGAAAUCUCAAUUAAGUUCAAUGUCCAGCCAAACACAUGGCACUACGCACUUCUCAGGUUUGCGAGUGCAGCGGACGAGUUUCUGUUGAAUCCCCACUCUGGGCAAAGCACAAUCGUUUCAAAAACUGAAUAUUUGUCGAUAGCGAAAGAGGAAGCUGCGCAGGAAGUGCACCACGUAUGCUAUGAAAUCCAAAUAGACUUCGAUCCAGUGGAGUCAGAGUCGGACAGUGAAUCCAAUGGAACUCAGUCUCAGUCUAAAACUGGGCAUAAAUCUAAAUGGGAACCUGUUCGUCGUCGCGGAAUGGAUUUCUAUCCUUUGCUGCGUCAGAGCUAUCAUGAGUUUUUCAUGUUCGACUUCGACUUGCAACCCGAUACAAACGGUACAGUUCCAGCACUACUUAACCUAACGGCACUGUCUCCUGCCGCUUUUGCGUUCGAGCUAGGCGAGGUACACGAUAUUGGCGGUACACUCACCUUUGCCGUGUCAAUGAAGCCGGAAGUUCGCAUCAUCAGUGAGCUGAAGCUGGCUUCACCUACAAUGUCGCCACCCUCAGAAAGAGGUGGAAUUCUGGCAGAGAAAUUAGUGGGUAAUUUAGAUGACGUUGAAGUCUUGAUGGGCCAGGGGCAGCAGCCCAGCAAUAACCAAAGUAUGCAAAUCAUUGUAUGCAUGCACCUAGGUGUUCCAGGCGUGCCAACCUGGCCUGACAAAUGCCGCUAUGGUCAGCGCUUGCUGCCCGCCUCCAGCAUCGUGAAUAAUACAGAAAUAAUGGGCCUAAUACAUGUACCCUUUCCGGAAAGUGGCCUCUGGUUCGUCACGAUGGGCUUGUUUUGCCAUGGAGCCGAGACCGCGCGGGUUACCAUAAUCGACAGCGUCAAGGAGUUCGUUCGCCAGUACCGUCAUUUGUUGCAAGAGAUGCGGAGUCCCUGUGCCUGCGCCGCCAAUGCCACAAUCUAUGAGAAUUGUAUUGGAUCGAAAGAUUGCUUGGCGGCCAUGAACGAAACCGAAACCCUCAAAGUAAAGGAGUGCAUGAUGGACUCAAAGUGCACCGAGAACUACUUACAAAUCACACGACUUUUUGACGUGCACCACAGAUCGGCAACGGAGCAGCGCUUUGCGCUAGAGAAUUGUAACACCUCUGUGGUGUUUUCCAUUUCUUCAAGUCCGUGUGUAGCGGGGCGCUGUGGUCGCUUUGGGAGGUGCUACCAUUAUAUGUCUGGAGGAUUCGUAUUUUCCACAUGCGUUUGCAUGAAGGGCUACCGCGGCUGGGACUGCACCGAGGACUCGCAGGUGCCAUCUAGCAUGUCAAUCCUAUUGGCCUCGUUGCUGCUGACGCUGAGCAACCUGCUCUUCAUUCCGAGCAUUUAUUUGGCCUCCCGACGCCGCUACUACACCGAAGGCGUCAUAUACUUCUUUGCCAUGUUCUUCUCGAUCUUCUAUCACGCGUGUGACUCUGGUGAAGACGAAUACAGCUUCUGCUUGGUGAAGAUCAGCGUACUUCAGUUUUGUGAUUUCUAUUGCGGUCUGUUAGCCAUUUGGGUCACACUUAUUGCAAUGGCCCACAUGCCUCAUCAGUUCGUUUCCAUGCUCAAUAUGUUCGGCGCAAUUCUGCUUGCAUUCGGCACAGAGCUCAACAAGCAGAGCCUCUGGGUAUUCCUGGCUCCAGCUUUAACGGGCAUUUGCCUCAUUUCCGCCAGCUGGGGCUUGCGCUGCGCCAAAACACGCAAGUGGUUCCCAGCACGACGCUACCUCACCAUCUUCAUGCCGCUCGGCUUGGUGCUGGUGAUGAUUGGUCUAGUCUGCUACGCGUUCCUCCAGACCAAGCAGAACUAUCACAUCGUCCACUCUGUCUGGCAUAUGGUCAUGGCGCUUAGCAUAAUGUGCCUCUUACCCUCGCACAACUCGUUCAUACCGAAAUCCUAGCACUCCGACUUCUCCAUUGAGUGUUACUUUGCAAAACAGGAGCUCAACUUAACUUGUUGAUACUGCUGAUU